AAAGGUGGACAGAGAUGUGUCUGAAUUUGCGUCGUACAGAAGAAUUAGUCACCAAAUUAAGCCAUCCGAUCCAAUCAUCCAGCGCUGAUCAAAACCAACACCGGUCCAAACCAAUAAUGGAAGCCAUCAUCCUUCCUUCCUCGUUCACCCUCCCCUACCGGCCUCCUUUAAAUACGUUGCCCCUCCCUCCUCCCCACAACGAAAACCAAAACACAAUCGCUCUCCUCUCCUCAGCUCAACUCCUCCUUGAUUUUCUGUUUCACUAAGACUGACAUAUAUACAUGGCCGGAAAGGACGUGGCCGCGUCGAAGCAGCAGGCUACCACCGCGGCCGCCAAGCCGAACAAGAGCGUGCCCCGGCGGCUGUGGCGCGUGGUGCGCGCCGUGCUCUACAUGCUCCGCCGCGGCGCGCUGCCCACGGGCCGCAACAAGCUGGCCGCCGACCUCAACCUCCUGCGCCGCCGCGCCGGCAGCGGCAACGGCAACGGCAAGCCGAGCGAGGUGGCCGAUUUCAGCUUCAGCUACGGCAGCGGCCACUACGACGCGGCCGACAUCGCCAAGGUGUUCGAGAUGCUCAACGACCACGACGGCGGCGGCCACGUCUUCGAUGACAACGACGCACUCGCGGUGGUUGAGACGCCGUCUCCUGUGAUGUCGGCGGCGUUCGGGCGGGCGAGGCGGCUGCGCGUCACCGACUCGCCGUUCGCGGCGGCGGGCGGGGAGCAGCAGCAGGUGGUGGACACUGACAGGAAGGCGGGCGAGUUCAUCAGGAGGUUCUACGAGCAGCUGCGCGCGCAGCAGAGCGUCGCCGCCACGCCGGAUCACAGCUACGGCUAUGCCGCCGCCGCCGCCGCCGCUGGGCACUCCCCACGGCCGGUCGCUGCCGGCACCGCUUGAUUUUGGAGGCUUGAUUCGUUAGUGCUCGUGGCGGCCACCUGUAUACGUCGUCGCCCAGCAGAGUCUAGUUGGUUACCCUGGGUGAAACCGUGAAAGUGUAGCUGCAUGCUGUCGCCUGUCAGUGUCUCUCUUCUGUCGAUGCUGGCCACAUCGUGGCAUACUGGCAUCUGUUGCGUAGACCACUCUGGUAGGCCCAUUUCGGGCCUCGUGUAAUCCUGUCGCCGGUAUCGCUUCAAUAAAAUUGAGUUGUGAUUUGUUUGUACAAAAAUAUAUAAUGUCAGAAAGCUUAAUAGACACAA